AACAGAAACGAAAGAGCCUCCAAAACCUCGCAACAACCCCGUGACACCCACACCCAUCCGCCCUGCCCCUCCUCGCGCUCCCCACCAACCCCGACGAGCGGCGAUGACCGGCACGGUGUCCAAGCUGGCGGCGCCCCGGCCUGCGGCGCCACCGCUCCGGCCGGCGUCCCUCCGCGCCGCCGCAAUCGCCUUCGCCCCCUCCCCGCGCCGGGUCCGCGUCUCCGUCGCCGGGCGGGCCAGGAUCCCCUCCGUCAUUGCGAUGGCUUCUGCCAAGGAAGGAAAUGGUGCACCGACCAAGAAAACCUCGCUUCACGAUCUCUACGAGCUCCAGGGCCUCUCCCCGUGGUAUGACAACCUCUGCCGACCUGUCACCGACUUGCUGCCCCUUAUCGCCAGCGGUGUUCGUGGAGUCACCAGCAACCCUGCAAUUUUCCAGAAGGCCAUCUCAUCCUCCAGCGCAUAUGAUGAUCAGUUCAAGCAGCUCAUUUCGGGCGGAAAGGACGCGGAGAGCGCUUACUGGGAACUUGUUAUAAAGGAUAUCCAAGACGCGUGCAGUCUUUUUGAGCCUAUCUACGAUGAGACCGAUGGGGCUGAUGGGUAUGUCUCCGUGGAGGUGUCUCCUAGGUUGGCAAAUGACACUCAAGGAACUGUUGAGGCCGCAAAGUGGUUACACAAAGUGGUCAACCGCCCCAAUGUCUACAUAAAGAUCCCUGCUACCGCCGAAUGUGUUCCUUCCAUCCGGGAAGUUAUCGCUAAUGGCAUUAGCGUCAACGUCACGCUUAUUUUCUCUAUUGCGAGAUACGAGGCUGUGAUUGAUGCUUACCUUGAUGGGCUAGAGGCUUCUGGCUUGAGCGACUUAUCUCGAGUUACCAGUGUCGCAUCCUUCUUUGUCAGCCGAGUCGACACCCUUAUCGACAAAAUGCUUGAGAAGAUUGGAACACCUGAGGCACUUGCCUUGAGAGGGAAGGCUGCCGUCGCACAGGCCAAACUAGCAAAUCGGCUCUACCAGAAGAAAUUCUCUGGCCCGAGGUGGGAGGCGUUGGCCAAGAAAGGUGCCAAGAAACAGAGGUUGUUGUGGGCAUCCACCGGUGUCAAGAACCCAGCUUAUCCCGACACUCUUUACAUCGACAGUCUCAUUGGACCUGACACGGUCAACACGAUGCCCGACCAAGCUUUGCACGCAUUCAUAGACCACGGCACUGUCUCGAGGACAGUUGAUGCGAAUGUGUCCGAGGCGGAAGGUGUAUACAGCGCCUUGGAGAAGCUUGGCAUUGACUGGGGCGAGGUCGGAAAGCAGCUUGAGCUGGAAGGUGUGGACUCCUUCAAGAAGAGCUUUGACAGCCUACUCGUGAGCCUACAGGAGAAGGGCAACAGCCUCAAGACGGCAACUGUGUAAAACUGAGAAGAUUGGGUACCGGCGGGUGAACGAUUUUACUAAAUAAAAUGCUAGCUUGCUGGCUCUCUUAGUUUUUACGAUGUACCUUUGCUCUCCAUUUUCUGAAUCGGGAUUGUAUUCUAGGCUUGCCUGGCCGUCAUUGUGUGACCAACGUUCAUGGCUUGUAACAAGGGAUCGGACGUAAACGGUUGGAAAACAUCUCUGUUACUUUCUAUACGAUUUUUA